AUGUUGUUGUUGUUUUUUUCAUCAUCAUCAUCAUCAUCAUCAUCAUCAUCAUCAUCAUCAUCAUCAUCAUCAUCAUCAUCAUCAUCAUCAUCAUCAUCAUCAUCAUCAUCAUCAUCAUCAUCAUCAUCAUCAUCAUCAUCAUCAUCAUCAUCAUCAUCAUCAUCAUCAUCAUCAUCAUCAUCAUCAUCAUCAUCAUCAUCAUCAUCAUCAUCAUCAUCAUCAUCAUCAUCAUCAUCAUCAUCAUCAUCAUCAUCAUCAUCAUCAUCAUCAUCAUCAUCAUCAUCAUCAUCAUCAUCAUCAUCAUCAUCAUCAUCAUCAUCAUCAUCAUCAUCAUCAUCAUCAUCAUCAUCAUCAUCAUCAUCAUCAUCAUCAUCAUCAUCAUCAUCAUCAUCAUCAUCAUCAUCAUCAUCUCCAUCAUCAUUACAAUCAUUGUUGUUGUUGUUGUUUUGGUUGAAAUGUUCUAUUUGGUCAUGA